AUGCCCAUCCAUAGCUCCCGCACACGCUCUGCAUCUCCCAGUCCCCCUCUGCAGCCGAACAUUAAACGCGCGCGCCUGGUAAGCUCUGCAGAUGCUGCAUCAUUAAAAACUCUUGAACAAGCACAUACCUUGAGGGUGCCUGACAGGCAGGACACAAAGUUUAAGGGGCUUGUUUGUCCUGAGUUUGAAGACGAGAAUGAGGCACCCCAUACAGACAUACCGGCCAACCACGAGCCUCCCGCAGCUGGUGCUGAAUUGAACGACGAUACACAGUUGCCUCUUAAUGGUCGGAAGCGUAGCGCCGAGCUCAACAUACUCGCGUAUGGCCACCUUGGCAAAGUUCCCUUCGCUCCGAUCGUUCCUUCUUUAUAUUCCCAGCUUACUAGCCAUGAUGAUCCUCCAUCGUUUGCUCAGUGGCUGCAAUCACGUGCUGCACAGUCGGAACCGAGCUCCCGUGAGGGCGUGAAUGGCCCAAAUUCUGCCAAUGCUUUGCACAGUGUAUAG